UAUUGAGUUCGUUGUUUGUUUAACUUAUUGCGUGUUCUUUAGUUUUUUUUUUUUUUUUUUUACGUUUUCCGCCUUACUAUUAUACUUGGGAUAUUUUACGUUCGCAUAAUUUAUUUCCUUCUUAAUUUGUUCUUAAAAGAAUCGACUUGUUGUACAAUCUCUUGGCAGUUGGUUUCAGUGAAACGAAGACCUCUUUUAUUCUUGGCUCUUAGACUUUUCGUCUUGAAUUUCAUUCGUUCAUAAAUCGUUUAUAUUUUUCAAUUCUUUUGUUUUUUGUUGUCAAUGACUAUGAAUCAUCAAUCUCCCGUUCAUGCUAACAAGCCUCCUUCUUCCAAUUUUUGGAAACGAAUCGGUAUAGAUGCCAUGGCUGCCACUACUGCUAGUGCCAUGGUUUCUCCGUUCAUCCUUACCAUUGACCGUUCCAUCGUUGAAAACACGAGUGGUCGCAGUUCUCUCUUACAGUCUGUUGGCCGUUCCUUCAAACGCAUUCUUUCUCGUCCCCACUCUUUUAUAUUCAGUCUUCCUUUUGCCCUUGUCUUUUCCAUUUAUUCCGGUACAUAUAUGACAGCCAAUACCAUUGAUACCAUUGACAAUGUUCGUUAUAGUAAUCCUGUUUAUAAGGCUGAAACAACAGGUUUUGUGAAAUUUACGUCCGUAACCGCUGCUAAUAGUGGUUUAUCCAUUCUCAAAGAUAGCUUUUUCACAAAAUUCUGGGGCACUGGUACUCCUCGCCCUCUUGGUUGGCAAAGUUAUGGCCUUUAUGGUCUACGUGAUGCCUUAACCAUAGCCUUCUCCUUUAACGUUCCCCCCAUAAUCGCUUCCUACUUGCCCGGUGGACUUGUAACCGCUCAAUUGGCUACACCCUGUAUUGUGCAAUUAAUUAGUACUCCCCUUCAUUUGAUGGCUCUCGAUAUCUACAACCGUGGUGGUCCCAAUAUUACUGUUGCAAACCGCAUCGCCCAAAUACGGAAGAAUUUGUUGAAGAGCACUUUUGCCCGUGUCAUUAGAAUCCUCCCUGCUUUUGGUGUCGGCGGUGUCACUAAUCGUAAACUUCGUACUACUUAUUUGGAUGCACUUCAGGAGCGUGCCCGUAAUUCUCAACAACUUGCUUCUGUUUAAACGGUGUUGUUGUUUCUCGAAAGUAUCAGUGUAUCUGUAUGUGUGUGCGUGUGUCUAUUUCCUACAUGUUCUUUUAAAAUACCUUCAUCAUUUCAUUAUACGCCUCCAUUACUCUUCCUCCUGUUUUGCACUAUAAUUCUUUCUUUCUCUAUCUCUCUCUUACCAUGGUUUUAUUAAUUCAAGUCUCGAUGUCUUCUUUUUGAAUGGUUGUAUAGUAAGCGUUUGUUUAUGACUAAGUAUCGGACUAGGUGUUCCAUGGAGGGAGUCCAGUCUAGAAUUUGAAAUCUUCUUCCAUCCUUGUUUCAGUGCUAGACUUUUGUCAAACCGGUUUUCUCUUUAUUUCUGUACAGUAAUCAAUGAAUAUGAAGUUUAACGAUUUCGCUGCCACUAGUGUCUGCUGAAGUUUUAU